UCAACGUCUCGGCUCGGUGGUGCCUUCGAAUCGGCGAAACUGAUUUAUCCUGAAAGGAAAACAGAAGAGCAGAACUCAAUAUAGGAUUUUAACACACAUUUCCACAACCCAUUAAAGUCAUAGUGUAUCAUAAAUCAAUUCCAGCUAUGGAAUUGAAGAAAUCAAUUUCUGAAACCGAGCGCUCAUUGAAGAGCUACGGCUCUGUAUCGGAAACGGAAUGGACAAAAGACAAAGGUCAGUCAGAUGUGUCCAUGGCGGAGAGCAUCAUGUCUCCAGAUGAGAUUGACGUGGAGAUGGCUCGCAUCCAGCGCCUCAGGGAGGUGCUGGUAAGGAGGGAGUCCGAACUGCGCUUUAUGGCGGACGACAUCCAGCUCUGCAAAGACAUCAUGAGUCUGAAACAGGAGCUGAGGAAGGUGGUAACUGUACCAGAGAAAGAGAAGACCAAGAAACAGAGACAGUGGGAGGAGGAGUUGAUCCUGAAAAUCCAUAAACUGGUGCAGAAGAGGGAUUUCCUAGUGGACGAUGCAGAGGUGGAGAGAUUAAGGGAGCAGGAGGAGGACAAGGAGAUGGCUGAGUUCCUGAGACAGAAGAUGAUGCCUCUGGAGAAGCUGGCCAGAGAAGCUGCCCAAAAUCCCCAGAAGCCCAAGAGACAAGUCCCUGAUCCUCCGCCCAGCAAGCCAUCCGUCACCAAGUCCAUCACCAUCAUCAAGGACUGCUGCGGAGCCACCCAGUGUUGUAUCAUGUAACCGUGGUUACCGAGGAGUUGAGGACAGUACACCCUCCCAUUCACAGCACCACCCUAGUAACAACAACACAGUCACACUGUACAUCUGUCACCUGACCUGGUCUCUUGGUGUCAUAUCACCUAUUGUUACAUCAUUUCCUGUGAUCCAGAGAACCCUGGUGCAAAAUGGACGCCCUUAUAGGUGAUAGAUGGACAGGCCUGGCCACAUGUAAAUAAUGGAAUAACAGAAAUGUAAAUGAAAUAUGUGGCACUAUAUAAUGUUAAAAGGCAAUUGGAAAUGGAAUAUAUGGGACCUGUACAGUAUUGUAAGCAAUACACCAAUUUAUAUUGAUUUAGGGACUCAUUACAUCCCUCUUGAAACAUUCUUCAGAGAUCAAUAAUGACAUAUAUUCCUCAGAUUUAUAAGCACAACGUCCCAUACCCAACCACAAACGCAUCAUACCAAGGUUCUCUGUCCACCAGGAAAUGACAUCAUGACUUAAAUGUUAUUGACUUUGUCAUUUUGAAUAACGGGUAUUUACUGGAUGCUUCCAUUCCAACCCUUUAACGGAACAACUAGAACUCUCAGACUUAGGACUGUAUGCUUAGCAGGGUGGGGUCAAUUCCAUUCCAACCCUUUAACGGAACAACUAGAACUCCUCUCAGACUUAGGACUGUAUGCUUACCAGGGUGGGGUCAAUUCCAUUUCAAUCCAGUCAAUUACUUACCGAAUUACCAGAUUUGAAAAUGAAUUGAUCCAACCCUGAUGCUUGCUCUGGAACUGUAGAUUAUGAAACACUUCACUCACUGCAGUACAUUUUUAUCCCUUUAUUGUAAAAGUAUACUUCCUAUAUAAACAGUAUUGCUGAACACAGUUGCUAUGAUACCAUUUACAUUGGCAAGCUGCAACAAUCGCAUGAUUGAGUUAUUUUGUUUUUCUAUGAUGUAUAUUAACGUAUCAAUAACCAGCCAGUAUACACACGCAUUUAUGUUGCUAAGGCAAAGUCAGCCUUACAACUGGUCAUUCUUAUCUUCACCAAAACAUACUGGUAGUUAUUACCAUGGUAUCACUACAAUAUUAUUCAUGAUUACAAUGAAUAAGUAUAGCAAAGGAAAACAAUUAGCGUCAUACUACGAGUCUUGCAAUUUCUACGGCAAAACAAGAAGAGGUGAAUGCAAUUCUUUAUUUGUACAUGCCUUUGUUAAGAUUCUGGAAAAGAGAGUGUUUGUUGGAAUCUGUUUGUAGAAGAUCAGGGAGUCCUGUUCAACAAAGUGACCCUCUACUUCAGAAUAUUGUCCUCUAGCCCCACGCCUCCCUUUGGGUAGAUCUCGGAAGUAUUUUCCUUGACUCAUCAAGUCCUUCUCCUUGCUUCCAUCGGAGGUUUUGAGAAGCGAAGAAUUGAGGAAAACACUGAGACUCAUCCCUGAACUUUGUUCUGUGGUUUAUUAGUGAUGCUUUAAUGUCCAAAUUGAACAAUAUGCAUAAAUGAGCCGAAAUGACCUGUACAUAUACAGUACCGGUCAAAAGUUUGGACACACCUACUCAU